AUAGACAUACAAGAAAUUACCCCAGGGCCUGUAUACAGUGGUUGAGAGAUAAUGUACCCCAACGGAUCCCUGCUGUUCCAGAAGGUCACCCAGAAGGAUACAGGUUACUACACCCUACAGGUUAUGAAGAAAACUUUUCAAAAUGUAGUAGGAAUUGUACAGCUCCACGUAUAUAAACUAGUGGCACAGCCCUCCAUCCAAGCCAGCAAGACCACAGUCAAAGAACAUAAGGAAGCCAUCGUCCCAACCUGCCUCACAAAUGACACUGGGAUCUCCAUCCAGUGGUUCUUCAAUGACCAGAGUCUCCAGCCCACAGAGAGGAUGAAGCUGUCCCAGGACAACAGCACCCUCACCACAGACCCCAUCAGGAUGGAGGAUGCCAGGGAUUAUCAGUGUGAGGUCUCCAACCCAGUCAGUUCCAGUAAAAGUGACCUCCUCAGGUUAGAUGUGAAACAUGAGUGAUCCUCUU